CUUCGUUCGCCUGUCAUCUCGUCGAUCGGAGAGCGAUUCAACGGUCUCCUUGGAUUUGUGUCUCAGCGACAGGUAAAUCACGAGAAAUCGUCGCCUGUUGUGAGCAUCGGCGAUUUCCUGAUAAGUGAAGCGAGGCAAAUUACGGGUUGGCUCGCGUUCAACUUCAGCGACCUUUUCUCCUUUACAAACAUGUUGCUCCCCAAGGGUGGUGUAACGUGGAAGUCGGCCAAAGCCAGGCUGCCUCCAUGGCGCGCUGUUCUGUUCAUGGUCACGAGAACUAGAUUCCUAGUAUCACUGGCCGUGACUGGCUUGAUGGUCCUUCUAUGGCGUGGUAUCAGCAGGUCGGCUUCAGAAAUGCAAAGUUUCUAUUGCUACGGCCCUCCGAAAUCGCCAAUGGAUAUGUCCAUCAAUGAAAUGGUUGAAUGGAACGCACAUCUUCAGACCCCUGUGGUCUUUAAUCACCACGAUGCCUACGAAGUAAACUCAUCGAAUAUCAAGCACGUCGACCUCAAUCCCAUCAAGUCGACCCAACAGGCCGUCGCGAACGCUGAGCGAGUACUUAUCCUGACGCCACUAAGAGAUGCCUCGGCUCAUCUGAUCAACUACUUCGACCUUCUCUACAAGUUGACGUACCCCCACGAUCUCAUCGAUCUGGCAUUCCUCGUUGGCGAUAGCAAAGAUGACACCAUGGCUGUCCUUACCGCAGAGUUGGCUCGUAUUCAGUCUCAGACCGAUGAGAAAAUCGCUUUCCGCAGUGCUACAAUUGUGGAGAAGGAUUUCCAUAGCGAUUUCCAGAUGAAUGUCGAAGACAGGCAUUCAUUUGCCGCUCAGGGACCGCGCCGCAAGGCUAUCGGCAGAGCUCGGAACUACCUACUCUACUCUGCUCUCAAGCCUGACCACUCAUGGGUCUAUUGGCGAGAUGUCGACAUCUCUGACAGCCCACCCAGUAUCAUUGAGGACUUCGUCGCUCACGACAGAGACAUUCUCGUGCCCAACAUCUGGUUUCACCGCUACAGGGAUGGCCGCGAUAUUGAGGGUCGCUUUGACUACAACUCGUGGAUCGAAUCCGACAAGGGACGUCGUCUUCGCGAGACUCUCGAUCCGGAUACUGUUUUGGCCGAAGGUUACAAGGAGUAUGAUACUGGCCGACAAUACCUCGUUGGCAUGGGUGACUGGAGGAACAACAAGGAUGAGGAAGUCGAGCUGGACGGCAUUGGCGGAGUCAACAUCCUCGUCAAGGCUGACGUUCAUCGGUCUGGUAUCAACUUCCCUGCUUACGCCUUCGAGAACCAGGCCGAAACCGAAGGAUUCGCCCGCAUGGCAAAGCGUGCUGGGUACGGCGUCUAUGGACUACCCAACUAUGUCGUCUGGCAUAUCGAUACCGAAGAGAAGGGUGGUAACCUUGGGGGCCGCAAAGCCUAUUAGCUGCAUUUACGGGUUGAUCCUAUCUUUCAUGCAGUUUGAGUGAAGCGACCAUCUUCAUUCCUUGUUACCAAAACUCGAAAUACCCUUUUUUUUCCCCGUGUACAUCUGAGCCGUUAUGAUGGUCAUCUAUGUGGAGGCUCACCUAUUACGUCUUUUUUAUUUCAAUCUUUGUGUUCUUUUCUUUUUUACCUUCUCUUUGCAUCUGUUCUAUUUGCCUGAAUGCAUGCUACGGACACUGAGACGGAUAUCUCACAACUCCGGUAAUUUUUCUUUCUUUGUCUUUUUCUUUUUUUUUU